UUUUUUAUUUAUUGGAUUUUGGUGAGUGACAUUUUAUGGGGUUUUGUGAGGAUUGUUGGAUCAGUGUCAAGAUGUGAUUGUUAAGGAUUUUUCUUUUUUUGGGGGGUGUGUGAGGUUUGCUUUGUUGGAUGAUCAUCAAAAAGGAGUUGAGUGGUUGGGUUGGUUGGUGGUUAGCAAGAGUGAUUGACAGCAGCAACAUCAGCAGCAAUAGGAAAACAAAGCGAGUCACGCCUAUUAUUUCAACAGAUGCCGACUGCGCAGGGGGAAUCGAUGUCGGUCAGCAAAAAUGUGAGCUCAGCCCUCCAAAUCCCCGGUGCUGCAAAAGGGGAAAAUAGGGGGAUAAAUAGGUCGCUUUUGGGACAAUGAUCGUGGUCUCUUCUUUACUUUAAACUGUCCUUUUCUUGUGCGCGGCCACUAGAUGUACAGCUCAAUUGUUUACCAACACACUUGUGUUGUCAGCAAGAUAGGCCGUCUUUACAGGUUUGUUGUAAAUUGCCAUGUGACGGGUAUUGAUAAAAGUGACGACGACGACGACGACGACGACGGGGAAAACACCAAAAACACAGCGCAAAAAAACGCAGACAGGAGUAAACUGGUACCCUUUUUUUGCGGAGGACUCGUAGGAGGGUUUAAACGCGUUCGGACACUCUAGUGUUCGCUUUUUUUUAAAUUUGGGCAUCAACAACCUUUUUGGAGCGACUUGCGCAAGUCAUGGACAGUCCCCCCCUUCUCCAAAGGACUCUGCGGGUUUUGCGGAGGGGGGAACCUUGCAAGGAGCAGCCAAGAAAACAAACAACAACAACAACAGACAGGAGGAGGAAGAGAUUUGGACUUUUUUGUGGGAGGGCGGUCGUCUCUCCUUUUUUCUUUUGUUUUUUGAUUUGUGAUUUGCCGCUUGGGCGGAUGUUUGCGAGUUGAAUGGAUUUCUUAUAAGUUGGGUUUUCUGGAGGGGGAACUUGUUGCCCUUGACUUUCCCUUCUGUCGUAUUCCUUACUGCUUCUCCUUGACAAAAAGUGUUCCUUUUUGACCCCCAUUAACUGUUAUUUUAUGGAAUUUUGACACUUUUCCCAAACUUUUGGUUUCUUCUUUUUUUGUUAAAUGAUCGAUUGCAUGCAUCAGGAGCUUUCUGCGUUGCUCUUACAUCUGUCAAAGUAAAACGAUUUAAGGCACCUUUACUUUGUUUGCCGGUUUUCAUUACAAUUACAGAUAUGGUUGAUCCGUACUUUCCCCCACCACCUAUUCCUCGUCCUUCUGCUGCCCCUCCAGCAGACGGUCCGGUUCCUUCCCCGUCACAGCACUCUUGUGCACACAUGUAUACCUUUCAGAUACCCACCUAUUAUCCAGGACAUCAUCGACCACCAGCGGACUACUCGACCGCUCACCCACUCUACCGCACCAUCAACAUGGCCGAAAAACGAGCCUACCACAAUGCAACCGAACGAGCCCGACGAGAGAACCUCAACAGUCGAUUCCAAGAACUCGCUCAAUCCCUCCCGUCACUCGCCAAUGUCCGGAAACCUUCCAAAUCCGUCAUUGUGAACCAUUCUCUCAGUUUUGUCCAAGAUGUCAAGAGGAGAUUGGAGAUCAAGGAUCGUGCGCUCGAGACAUUGAGAAACAGAAACGAAGGAUUGCGAAACGAAGUGAAUAGAUUGAGAAGUCUGUUGGGUAUACCCUCCUCCGCAGACCCACUUGAAGAAUUGGACGAAGAUUUACAGGAUAAAGAAACGAGUGCUAGUGUAUCCACUAAUAUCGUAUUACCCGGCGAUACACUCCCCAAACCCAAUAACCAAACUAAAAUCAAACCCAUCACCAUCAAAACCGAUACUUUUGAGCACGAAAGCGAUAAUGACGAACCACCAUCCGGAACGGAUACACUUGAUAUGGAGAUACCCUCACCCACCGAUACAUCCCUUCCAUACCCACCCCCAUCUCUUUUAGUCCCAGAUUUAUACCCAACGUAUCCCCAACGUCCCAUAGACCCCUUGAUCAUUCAAGAAGAAUAUACCACACGCGAAACACCUACACCACCCAACGGAACACCCAUUCUCGGAACACAACAUCAAGAAUAUACAGAGCUUCCAUUUCCUAGUAUCCAGAAAUGGGAGAAUGAACAUAAUGGGGCUUUUGCUAUGCGGAGAGCGUAUUCGUUUGAUGCGGCUUAUUUACCUGGUAUGCAGGCUGUCAUGGGGUCCAUGGCUACCCAAGAGAGGUUUUGAAGAGUUUUGGU